CUGCCAGAUCUAUUGCUGAUUAGAGCUCUUCAGAGGAAAGUUAUCAUGUUGCUAUGUUCAGAUGAAGUAUAGUUUAUGGCUGUGAUGUCAACAGAGAUGCAGAUAUAUUUCAAGCCAAGUUUUUUUUUCUCAUGGUACGACUUGAAAAAGAGAAUAUAAAAUGGCUAGGUGCAAAACGGACUGCGUUGAAAAGCCUAUAGCUAGGGGAUUUGAAAUACUUGGGGGCUUUGUUGGUAGACACCCCUGGUGGUUUUUGAUUCUUCCCAUGUUCAUUUCUGCGGGUCUUGGCGGAGGAUUUUACUUCCUUGAGGACAGAGAAGCAAAUGGCAUUGAAGAGAUGUUUACUCCUAUGGAUGGACCUGCCAAACAUGAACGACAAGUAGUCAAACAGUACUUUCCACAGAGUGAUAGUAACUUCUCUCGUUUGCGACUCUAUACUGAAGGGACCUUUGCAUCUCUCAUAAUUGUGACGCCUGGACAAAAUAUCCUCACAUUUACUGCUUUAAAAAACAUAUUUGAAAUGGACAGAAAUGUAACAAACAUGAGAAUUGGUGCAUUCGCUUUUAAAGAUCUAUGUGUUGAGAAAGGUGGUGGGUGUGUGUCAAAUGCAAUCUUUGAUAUUGUAAAAACUCCUAGCGAUGUCAACACAGCAACGAUUAACUACCCAUAUAAUGGCACAAUUUUCAUUGCAUCUGAAAUUGGUGGCGUGAAACUGAAAAGUGGAUUAACUCAAAUUGAAAGCGCAGAGGCAAUUAGACUAUUUUACUUCUUAAAAGAAGACAACCAAACUAUAAAUUCCAUGUGGCUAAAUAAGUUUAUAGAGGCUGCUUCCAAGAUGAAAAAAGAAGAAGGCAUGACAAUAUCUUACUUUACAUCCAUAUCAAGGGAUGAAGAGUUUGAGAAGAGCUCUGACUCAAUCAUUCCUCUCUUCUCAUUGACAUAUGCCCUGGCCAUCAAUUUUUCUAUCAUAUCUUGUUUGAGGUUGGACUGUGUGAGGAACAAGGUGUGGGUGGCAACCUUUGGUGUCCUCUCAGCUGGUAUGGCAGUGCUGUCCAGUUUUGGGUUGUUGCUGUACUGUGGGAUGCCCUUCGCUAUGACUGUGGCAACAGCCCCAUUCCUGAUUCUGGGAAUUGGUGUUGACGACAUGUUCAUCAUGAUUUCCUGCUGGCAGCAGACUCAAGUUCACGACAACGUAGAGGACCGUAUGGCAGCUACAUACAAAGAGGCAGCUGUCUCUAUCACCAUCACAACACUAACUGAUGCCCUGGCCUUCUAUAUUGGUCUGUUAACUCCCUUUCGUUCUGUACAAUCCUUUUGUAUGUAUACUGGCACAGCUGUCCUGUUCUGUUACUUGUACAAUAUUACCUUCUUUGGUGCAUUUCUGGCAUUGAAUGGGAGUCGUGAAAAGGGUAACAGACACUGGCUGACAUGCAUGAAGGUUCCAGAACCAGAGGAGAACUCUAAAAAGUACAAUUCCUGCUGUGUAGGAGGAGCUUAUGAUCAUGAAACGGGAAAAGAGGAGCCAAUGCCCAUUAACAACUUCUUUAAGAUGUACUAUGGGCCAUUUCUAACAAAUACUUGGACCAAGGUGUUUGUGAUCCUGCUCUAUGCUGGAUAUUUGGGCUCAAGUAUCUAUGGUUGCUUCCAAAUACAAGAAGGCAUAGACCUUAAAAACCUAGCAGCUGAUAGCUCAUAUGUGGGUAGCUAUUACGAUAAUGAGGACCAAUACUUUUCAGAGUAUGGUCCAAAUGUUAUGGUUGUUGUGACUGACAGUAAGUUUCAAUAUUGGGAUCAAACUGCUCGAAAGUGUCUUCAUACUUGUCUUGAACGUUUUGAGAGUCUAACGUUGGAUGGUCGAUCAUUGGUUGCUAAAGAUAUGACUCUUUCUUGGCUUAAUGAAUAUGUGAAAGUUAUAAAUCCAAAUAACAAAACCAUUUUCAUGGAUAGUUUACCUGCAUUUUUACAACGAUCAGACUUCAGACAAGAUGUGAAUAUUUCAAACAAAGUCAUAAUUGCCUCGCGAAUGUUUAUUCAGACAAUCAACGUCAGUACAGCUGUUGAUGAAAAGAACAUGUUGAAUAAGCUUCGAGAGACGGCUAAUGGUUGUUCAGAAAAGUUGGUUGUUUACCACCCAGCUUUCAUAUACUUUGACCAGUAUGCAGUCAUUGUUAGUAAUACCAUCCAAAACAUUGUAGUCGCCACUCUUGCCAUGCUGGUGAUCUCCCUCAUGUUGAUCCCCAACCCCAUAUGUUCUCUGUGGGUGACCUUUGCUAUUGCCUCUGUCAUAGUGGGUGUUGCUGGUUUCAUGGCAUUAUGGGAUGUCAAUCUAGACUCUGUAUCCAUGAUCAAUCUUGUCAUCUGCAUUGGUUUCUCAGUGGAUUUUUCUGCUCACAUUUCCUAUGCUUUUGUCGCUAGCAAAGAGGUCACUGCUAAUAAGAAGGCUGUAGAUGCUGUCUAUCACUUGGGGUAUCCCAUCAUACAGGGAGCUGUGUCUACUAUUUUAGGAGUGGUGGUGCUGUCUGCUGCUGAGAGCUACAUCUUCAGAACCUUCUUUAAGAUCAUGUUCUUGGUCAUUUUGUUUGGGGCGGUCCAUGGUGUGGUGUUUAUCCCAGUGUUUCUGACCUUCUUUGGAAUCUGCGGAGGCAAAGUCAGUGAUAAAACUGAUGAUGGUAGGUCUAACACCUUGUCUCAAAGUGGUCACAUGUGGGUCACCCAAACCACAGGUGAUUUCAACAUGAACAAUAUGCAUGCAUUAAGGGCUGUAGCAGCUAAUUCACAUGUAUGGGCAAUCAGUUCUAACCAAAGCUCUCACAACGGGAAAACUAAUAGUGCUUAUGAAAACAUUGAAGACUGCCCCUAAAACUGUUGUCUUGAGAUUUACAAGGCAUUUCCACUGUACCUGUUUUUAUGGAAUUAAUUCAAUAUUAAAGGUAGAACAAAUGGGUUAAAACUGUAGAAAUAACGUUUACAAGAGAGAAUAACCUAUUUUGGUCAAGUGUAAAUGAACAGAUAUUCAUGUUUACCUUUGUUUUAUUUCAUUCAGCUCCAUGCUGAUGGGACCUGUACAGUAGUUCAGACCAAAUGUUAAUUGUCACAUUCGCCGAAUACAACAACAAUGCCCUUAACCGACAAUGCGGUUUUAAGAAAAUCCCUAAAUAAGUAAGAAAUAAUAAUAACAAAUAAUUAAAGAGCAGCAGUUAAUAACAAUAGCAGGGCUAUAUACAAGGGAUACCGGCACAGAGUCAAUAUGUCAAUGUGCGGGGGUCACCGGUGUCGAGGUACAUGUACAUUAUGUAACUACAUUAUGUAGGUAGAGUUAUUAAAGUGGCUAUGCAUAGAUAAUAACGGAGAGUAGCAGCAGCAUGGGGGAGGGGAAAUGCAAAUAGUCUAGGUAGUCAUUUGAUUAGCUGUUCAGGAGUCAGGAGUCUUAUGGCUUAUGGCUUAUGGCUUGUAGAAGCUAUUUAGAAGCCUCUUGGACCUAGACUUGGUGCUCAGGUACCACUUGCCGUUCUGUAGCAGAGAGAACAGUCUAUGACUAGGGUGGCUGGAGUCUUUGACAAUUUUUAGGGCCUUCCUCUGACACCACCUGGUAUAGAGGUCCUGGCGAGCAGGAGGCUUGGCCAGGUGAUGUUCUAGGCCGUACGCAUUACCCUCUGUAGCGCCUUGUGGUCGGAGGCAGAGAAGUUUCCAUACCAGGCAGUGAUGCAACCCAUCAGGAUGCUCUCGAUGGUGCAGCUGUAAAACCUUUUGAGGAUCUGAGGAC